UUUGCGCGCUCUUGUGGCGACAGUCUGUCACGGUGUUCGGAAAUUCGCUCCAGAAAGCGUUUAGACUCAAAGAAAUUCCAUUUUAUCGUCUCACUUCGGCUUCAAAAAUUCUCUCAGAGUCUCUCCGUCACUUUGACGUUAUUCUGAACGAAAGUCCUUAUUAUCGCCUCAGUAAAAUUUCCUGAGGGGAUUCGGACCGUUACUGCAUCCGGGACUCUGGCGUCCCUGGAUACAGCGGUGCGCUCAGUGUAAACAAGCGAAACACUCCUCCAGAGAGACGUUCCCCGCGUGAGAGACCGAUUUACCUGUAAUAUAUAUAUCCAGGCAUGGUUUAUUGGAGAUAGUAGGUAUUCACAUACUGUAAGUGCGUGUAAAUGUGCUGCAGUGUCUGAUAUGGAGGUUUCUGCGGGUGAUGUGUCUCGGACCCUGGAGAUCAUCACAGCACGAGCGGAUCCACAGGCUUCUGAGGAGGAGAGCAGCGGCUGUUCGGCGGAGAAACUGCUCACUGAUCAAGUGUCUGUGGACCGGAUGGACAUCACAAAGGGGUUUCUGGACGAUAUCUCUCGGCCGGCCUCCAGUGAGAUCAGAAGAUUGAGUCGAGAUGGGCCCAGAUCUCUGGAGGUGCUCAGUCCUGACGUCACACACGCCGAGCAGGUUCACCGGGACACGACUGAUCUUACCGCAGAAAACAGCUCUGAUCAAGAAGAGUCCGAUGAAGAGAAUGAAGAUCCGGAGUUGAGAGAAGCCAUAAAGAAGAUGAAAAGGCUGGACCGUGUUCUGGCUCUCAAGGCGUCAGCGGAGAGAGAGGUGAAGCAGAGAGGAAGACAGCAGCACCAGAGACUGUGGCAGGAGCUCCAGACCGCCGGUCUCAGGAUGAGCAGCAACGAGACGGACAACACCAGACGCUUUCUAGCACUGACACCCGACAACUAUCAGGACUGUGAUGAAGUGGAUCGUGUCCCUGUGUUUGAGACUGAAGUCCUGGAUCUGAAGAGUGAUCUGAACACCAGACACGAGACGGACGGGCAGGAUCAGCCGUCAGACGACAGACAGCGAGGAGCGGCUCACAGCAAGCACAAGCAAGACUUUGUCAGGAGAAAUAUUGAGCUGGCAGAAGCAUGGGGGAACUCGUUCCUGCUCACGCAACAGGAGAAAGAGAGAAUAGAGGAACUGCUGAAAGAUGUGGAGGAAGAAGAGAACCACAGCGAGCUGCAGACGGAAGCACAGGUGGUCUCGUCGUCUCUAUCAGCUGGUGAAGGUUUCGCUCCUGAACCUUCUGAGCUCCACAGUCUCCGUCAUAUUGACUCCAGACUGGAGCUGCUACUUCCUGUGCAGGACUUCCUGUCUGUGCGGAGCCCGUCGCAGAGUGAGCUCAUUACGAGCGUCUGUAGCAGAAGCUCACGUCCUCAUCAGGCCAAGACUGGAGAAGUGUCGUAAAUAACGAAAUACUGAGGUUUGUUUCUCGUCUGGGAGCAGUUUGAGACUCUGCUCCUGGAUCGGCUCCGGUGUGACUCCAGCGGAACGCUCCCUCGUUUCAGGAAUAUUUGUAGGUCAACGUGAGUUUGAAGGAGAGCAGCUUGGGUUUUCAUCUGCUGCAUUUAUUCAAACUCCUUUAAUAUCUUAAUUAUAUUUUCCUUUUUUUCUGUUUUUCCUGUUUUAAUGGUGUAAUUACAUUUUUAAAAUAUAAAUCGUUAUUUUUAAGACUUAAUUGGAAUAAUAAAACAUAAUUUUUUUUAUUAUUUCAGAUAAUUUUAACAAUAAUAGUUCCCUGUAUGAAAUGUGUGGUUUUUGUUGCACCUUUAGAAAGUAUAAUGCAAAUAAACCUUCACAUAUUAUAAUGCUUUUAUAAAUAUUUCUGAAAAGAUAUAAUGCAUUGCAGUGUACAUUAUGAAUAACUUUAUAAUUUCUAUCGUAUAAUGACUCUCAAAAGUGUGUUGGAACGUUUGCUGCACUCGAAUCCCAGUUUCUGACAUAUUUAUCUGUUUGUCUGAGAAAUGCUGUUGUGUAGAAGAACAUGAUCUCAAGUGUGUAAGUGUUUCUGGGGAAAUGGCGUGAUGUCUUGAGAGGGUUGUUCCUCAUAAACUGUGUUUCUGUGUGAUCUGAUGGAGGCAGAGAUGGAGUCCAGCUGGGAAAUGUGGGUCAGAGAUGCUGGAGCGUUCAGUACUUGGCUCUGCUCGUGACAUUCAGCCUGCGAUCGGAGCUGACAGACCUGUUCUGUUCUGCUGGUGUUGUGUUCUGUUGUCAUGUGUUCAGAGACUGGACCGAGUCCCAACAAAAUCUGCUGAAGAACUGAUCAUGUGCUGAAGCUGCUCUCUCUCUCUCUCUCUCUCUCUCUGUCUCUGUCUCUGUCUCUCUCUCUCUCUCUCUCUCUCUCUCUCUGACUGAAGGUGUAACACUGAUUCAUGUGCUUCUGAUCUGCUGCUUGCUUCUCUAAUGCUGCAGGAAUGUGUGUGUGUGUGUGUGUGUGUGUGUGUGUGUGUGUGAGUGUGUGUGUGAGUGUCAAAGUCAAAGUCACCUUUAUUUAUAUAGUGCUUUUAACAAUACAAAUUGUAACAAAGCAACUGAACAACAUUCAUUUGGAAAACAGUGUGUCAAUAAUGCAAAAUGAUAGUUAAAGGCAGUUCAUCAUUGAAUUCAGUGAUGUCAUCUCUGUUCAGUUUAAAUAGUGUCUGUGCAUUUAUUUGCAAUCAAGUCAAUGAUAUCGCUGUAGAUGAAGUGACCCCAACUAAGCAAGCCAGAGGCGACAGCGGCAAGGAACCGAAACUCCAUCGGUGACAGAAUGGAGAAAAAAACCUUGGGAGAAACCAGGCUCAGUUGGGGUCAGUUCUCCUCUGACCAGACGAAACCAGUAGUUCAAUUCCAGGCUGCAGCAAAGUCAGAUUGUGCAGAAGAAUCAUCUGUUUCCUGUGGUCUUGUCCUGGUGGUCCUCUGAGACAAGGUCUUUACAGGGGAUCUGUAUCUGGGCUCUAGUUGUCCUGGUCUCCGCUGUCUUUCAGGGCAGUAGAGGUCCUUUCUAGGUGCUGAUCCACCAUCUGGUCUGGAUACGUACUGGAUCCGGGUGACUGCAGUGACCCUCUGAUCUGGACACAGACUGGAUCUGGUGGCUACGGUGACCUCGGAACAAGAGAGAAACAGACUAAUAUUAGCGUAGAUGCCAUUCUUCUAAUGAUGUAGCAAGUACGGUGUUAAGUGAAGUGUUUCCGGUUCCGGUUUACUUAAUUAAUGCAGCCUAAAAAUCCUUUAACGGAUUUAGAUAUUAAAAGCAUAUUAGUAUGUUAUGUGAAUGCCAGGUUAAAGAGAUGGGUCUUUAAUCUAGAUUUAAACUGCAAGAGUGUGUCUGCCUCCCGAACAAUGUUAGGUAGGUUAUUCCAGAGUUUAGGCGCCAAAUAGGAAAAGGAUCUGCCGCCCGCAGUUGAUUUUGAUAUUCUAGGUAUUAUCAAAUUGGCUGAGUUUUGAGAACGUAGCGGACGUAGAGGAGUAUAAUGUAAAAGGAGCUCAUUCAAAUACUGAGGUGCUAAACC